GCUCAUGCUACCAGUACCAAAAUAGCAGAUGACCAUUUCUAUUUCAUCUGUCGCCCACUUGACACCGAACAGUCGCUCAGAUAUUUGCACUCCUUGCUGUGUUACAACUCUGGCCUUGCCGGCAACUAUUUCGGUGGCUUGUGAGAAAUUGACUGAGGAUUUGUGAUGAUUAAUCAGAUCACCAUUUUUGUAUAAUGGAUUUGUCUGAGGAUGAACCUCAAAAAAAGGAAAAUCACAAUGUAAUGGCCAAUAUGUGGUGAUGACUAUGCAUGAAGUAUUCUGCAUCAGACUGAAGGAAUUGGACACAAAAAUUCAUCAUGAGCAACCAAGAAAAGCAGCACACAAGCCACAAAACAAGCAUGCAGCACCUCCGUUACCUUAAUAGCUUUAUGGAAGAAAUAGACCGGGAGGUAAUGAGCCUGACAGAUCGAGCUUUCAAGAGUCUGUGCAUUGGAGAUGAAGCAAUCUAUAAUGAAUCAGAGUUCUUUCCUUCUCCGGUCAACUGCCACAAGCCUCUGGUGGAGGAGGUCUCAAAAAAGACCCAAGACAGCUUGUUUUCUGCCGUCAAGAAACUUAACUCUCACCCCCUUAAUGGGGUUAAUGAUGCUUUGAGAACAUCAAACAAGUCUUCAAAAGACUUGCCAAUUUUUGCAGUGUUUGCAGCCAAGAAGAACGGUAAAGGCAGUAAGAUGACAAAUGGCGAUUCAUGGGACAAAUCUGCUCUACUCAGCAACCAAAAUGAUGUGUCAGAGUUUUCCUCAAAUCAUCAUAGUUUAGCAGCGGAACAUCUUUCCGUUGAGAAUAACUUCAAAUCAGCUGAGAAAGGAUCUGCCAACAAAUCAAACAAUGAUGUAUCGAUUCCCUCAGGAAAAUCCUCUAAGAGUAAACAUGGAAAAAACAACAAACUGAAAAAACUGAAUUCCAAAAACUUUUUCCUUCACAGUGAAUUCAGCCCAUUCCUGUCAUGGGGGGAUUUUAAUAAAUUAUCAAAAGUGCAGGAGCACAUUUCAGAGAUUACGCUAAGAAAUAGGUCACCAGAAUGGUAUGAUUCGCCUCUUUACAAAGAACUGACUGCAGCACAUGGACACUAUAAAUUAAGUUUACCCACGUUAGCAGAAACAAAAGUUGAACAGUGCCCCAAACAAAUAGAGACUCAUCAGUCUAUGCCACAACUUGAGUCUGUACAAUCCACACAAACCAGUGUACCCCCAAAACCAGAUAUAGAGACAGAGCACAUUAUUGAGCACAAUAUUCUAAGUAAGGGUUCUAUGCUUGCUGCUGAACAGAGAUGUAAUUCAGAAAAGGGGGAGCCUUGUGUCCCCUGGCGAAAAAACAGAAGCAGAGCUAAGAGUGCUCUUCCUGUGGGGCAUUCUUUCUUUAAUUUAUCAGCCUGUGAGAGAUCAAAUCCUGGAGAAGGAGGUGCACCACCAACUAAAAAAUUGGUCCAGACUCUAGAGGGCCAGACCUCCUCUAGUUCAACUCCUUUCAGUAUUUCACAGCUUUUGACACCAGUGAUACCAUCCAGACAUGGGACAGGAACCUCAGAGAUACUGCUCUCUACAACUGCCCUGGAAAUUCCACCACUAUCUGAGAGAGAAAUGCAUCCAUUACCUGAGAUUAAGCGAGAGGGGUACAAAUCCAUUGCAUCAAGCUUGUUGUUCAAUCUCAAGGACAAUAGAAAACGGGUAAAGGCAAUGUAUAGCCCACCUAAGUUUAAAGGUUUGGAUGCAGCAGGUCAAAGCAAAGGGUCUCCCCUGCCCAAAUUGUCAGUUUCAAAAGAUGUGCAUGAAAUUGCAUAUAUUGCAGGAGCUAAAGAUAUAUCACCUGCUUGCCAAAAAGCCAUCACCUCUCAAAUGAGACCCCUUUUGGAUUCUGAAGACACUCAGACUUGUUCUCAUCAAGGAAUUGCAAAUGGAGGUAUGCCAGAUGACUAUUUGGCAUUAAGUCUGCUUCAAUCUAGAAGUGCCUUAAAAUCAAAAAGGAGCCCUGCAGCUAACAAGGCAGAAUACCCAUCAUUACAGUUGUAUCAAAAUGCUAGUCCUGAGGAAGUAAACAUCAGAGCAAAUGCUCAAAUUAUGGUUGACACCAGCUCUCAGGUUUUGACAGAUGGAGAUCAAGAGCACUGCAAAUAUCAUAACCCAGAGAGUAAUAUUCCAAGAAAAUUAUUUAAAGGUGUACUUAAAGAGCUGCAAGGCAAAAGUAAUCAUUUAGAGUCAGUGAUAAAUACUAAAAAACCCACUGAAAGUUUAAAUAGAGAAAGUGUUCUUGAGAAUAAGUCUAGUAUAAGCCCAAGUGUAAGUUUAACAAAACCUGAUGAACAAGCAGUUUGUGAUGGAAGUCAAACUAAAGACCAGUUUAAAACAAAAGGCAAAGUCAGCCCACAGAAAAGCCCCGUCAAAGAAAAGGAACCCAACAGAAAGGAUGCAGGUGCAAAACAUGUGUUUUCCACAAGACAGAACAAUUACAUUAAAAGUCAGAGAAUUGUAAGUACAGACAAUGACAAUAAUGAUUAUGAUGAUGGCUCUAGUGCAGACAAAGUGUUGUUGGCUAUAAAAGAUCAAAAUUAUACUGAUGAGUGGUACUGGCAUUCCAAAAAUCCAAAAACAAAAGAGAUAAAACAAGAAGAGCAUAACAAAGGCAUUUAUGAAGAUAUAAUUGUUCAAACCAAAGUAGGUUCACCACUAUUAAAAGAAAGUGUUAAUGUCAAAGCUGAGGCUACUACAGUUAAAGACCAGAACAAAAUCAUAUUAAAGAGUGUUUUAGAAAUUCAAAGUGAGCAACCAGUUAAGAAUGAGGCUUUCUCCACAAAGGGAAACACUUCUGCAAAAAGAGCACUAUUAUCAUCAAAUGAACAGGUGCCAAAUGAGAAAACUGUACCCUUAAAAAAAGAGAACAUAGUCAUAGAUAAGUUUGAACUUGCCCAAAUGGCUUUGGAGGAAGUAAUCGCUGAAAGAGAGCAAAGAAAACUGAAAAGUAAGGCUAUCUCAAAUGCAGGAGGUUCAAUCAAUAAUAGCAAUAUAGUUGGUUGUGAAAAUCAACAAGAUGGUCAUGAGCUACCCAUCGGUGGAGAGGAACAACAGCCUACUAGGUUAGUGUCGAGUGACAAGGGGAGAAACAAAAAAGAUGGCAAAGGUCAGAAUAGUAUAUCUGCUUUUAAAACAAGUGGCCAGACUGUUCAAAUAAUGUCAGAGGAGGUGGCCAAACACAGUGUAAGUCAUGAGGCUGAGGUAAAAUUAGCCAGUCCCUAUGAGCAAGAAGUGGCUGUUGAGCAGUGCCAACGUUUAAAAGAACAAAUCAAAUAUACUGAGAUAAACAGAUUAUACAUAGGGGAUCAAGAAAGUAACACACAUAAUGCUAGCAAGGGUAAUAAAGUAUGUGGAUUCCAAGAGAAAGAGUUGAUAGAUAAAUAUAUAAGUCAUGCAAAGGAGAGUAGAAAAAUAGGUGAUAAUUUGGAAAGUGGAGAUAUUCAAAGUUUGGGACAUUAUAUGGAAAAGUUAGGUGUUGAGGAAAAGGGUAGUUCCUAUAAACCCGAGGUACCCCCAAGAAGAGGGAGAAGUAAUUCUCAAAGUGAUGACAGAGUUGUUGCAAAGACAGAAGGCAAUAAAGACUUAAAAAGACAAGGUGACACAUCAGAAAGAACUGAGAAAAUGGACAAAAGAGAUGUCAGAAAAGGUCCGCUAAUACCAUCUAAGAAUCAUGGCCCAGUGAGAGGAAACGUAUCGGCCCUGAAAGAGAAAUAUGACAAAGCAAGUGGGGUGCACCGCAAAGAUGUUCUGAAAUGUCUUCCUGUUGGAGGUCCUGUUGGAGGUUCAGAAGAAGGACCCAAUGAACUUGCUACAAAAGAUAAAAUUAAACAUAAAAAUGUUGUACCAAAACUCACAGUCAGUGGACCUGAAAGUGAAAUGAUUUCUAUUACUGACAAGGACAUGGAGUCAGAGAAAGAAAAAAUGUUUGACAGCUCUUCAAAAGAAUCAGAGAAAGAUCAGGAGCAUUCUGGUUCACAGAGGAAACAUGAUGACACCCAGGACUUCCAAAAGGUAAUAAGUGACCACACCCAGGACUUCAAAAAUGUAAUCAGUGACCUCACACAUAACAGACAAGAAAUACAAAAUAACAAGGUAAAUGGCACAAAGGACAAGGAAGAAGUUUCUGUAAGUUUGAAAGACUUGGGAGACAAUCAGAACAAAUCCAAAGGUCCUUGCAAAAGCGACAUUAAAGAGUUUUUAAGUGGACUUCUUGGACUUUCAAGCUCAGAACAGGUCAAAAGUGUGGGUGAAGAUGAGGAAGAACUUACAGGGGAGACAACUUUUUCUUUUGAGUCUAUCAAAGCAGAGAAAGGCGAAAAGGACAGUAUUACAGUACAUGACAUCCUUGGACAAUCUCAAUCGUUAUCGUCAUCAAAUGAUAAACAAACACAUCACAGCAGUCUAUCCUCAAACUCAAGUGAACUCUCCCUAUUUCAUGAAUCUGAACAGGGGUCACUGCCGCAUCUAAAAUAUUUAUCAAAUAAAACAAAGGUUUGUGAUGUGAAAGAAACAGUAAAUGGAAAAAUAGAGGAUUUUCAGAAACAAAAAAUUGAUUCCUGUCCUUUUAGAAAUCAUGAAAGUGAGUCAGUUGUUUUUCCACUGAGUGAUGUGGGAAAAAGGGGAUUGGUGCACAGCUUGAUUGAGCCUGCUAAGAAUCUAACACAAAUAUCACACAUUCACAACUCCCUCAAGGAUCUGCAUGAAAUGGGUCACCACCUGUCUCAGAGGGAGGGCUUGAAUGGGUCUGAAAAAGGUGAGGAAGAUCUAGAUAUCUUCAAGGACUGUGUGCAUUCUCCAGUUAACACACCUGCUAUACUGGUCAGGAGCCCCCAGCAAAACCAACCAAUAAUGCAUCUAUUGUCCCCUCCAGCCUCUCAACUCAAUGCAGUCAAGAAUGGAAAGCUGUCAGUUGGAAGUAUCUCUGUGUCUGAGGAGGAAGAACAAUGCUCUGCUGUGAGCACUUUAUCUGAGGAGAUGGGUAGCUGUACAACAUGCGUAGGAGAUACCAUGCAAGAGAUCAUCUCUAGCACUGCACCAAUAGAGGAUGCAGAGGGAUCCAAGGUACCCAGUGAGAGAUCUGGAUCAGUCUGCAGUGGAAAUGACAGUCUUGGUCAGAACAAGCCCCCUGUUGUCCCUCCAAAAACUGAGAAGGCUCUACGGCGUGCCAUGAAGCUUGCCACACGGAGGAUGCAAAAAGCUGAAGCUAACAGCAAAUCUGAAUGUAAAGGCAGGAGCAGUGAUAAAAAUGCCUGCCUCAAAGCUGAGAGGCGGCACCACAGCAAUGACAAAGUACAUAGUGACAGAUUAGAACAUAGGUCACCAAGCAGUGACAGACUGGCCAGUAGAAAUCGUGACCAUUACCUUGAUGACAAACUUGAUGAGCCCAAACCUGAAACAAGCGAGAAACAUGCAAGACGUCACAGUGGUCACAGGAACCAAAACAUGGAAGAAAAUUAUCCUAGAAAAACAUUACACAGGUCACUAAGCAGUGACAGACUCAAAAGUAAACAUAGUGAACAUUACCUUGAUGACACAUUUGAGCCCAAAACUCAAAGAAGCGAGAAAAAUGUUAGACGACACGGUGGUCACAAGAGCCAAAACAUAGAAGCAAAAGAUUCCAGUAAAACAUUACAACAAGCAACCAAAAUCAAAGACAGGCAAACCAUUAAAACUAGUGAAUUAAAUAGCCACGACACUGAGAAACAGCAAGAUCAUAAAUCAAACCCAAUAGAUAAUUUAGAGAACAGUGAUACAAAUAAUGACACUGACCGAUUAGGUCGAAGCAAUGUGAAAUACUCACCUAGAAAAUUGGAACAUAGGACUCAAAGUUUGGAUAGAUUUUUAAGGGAUAAACAUGUAAAAAUGUCUAACAGCCCUGACAAAGCUGGGGGAAAAGUUACUUCCGAGUUUUCAAUGGCACAACCUUUUCAACAAAACUGCAUAGAACAAACUUAUGCACCAGCCACCACCAAUAUUGUAACACACUCCUUUCCAAUCACUCAAAGGAAGCUAUUACAGGACCCAGAGUCAGGACAAUACUUUCUGGUGGACAUGCCAGUACAAGUCAAAACGAAAACUUUCUUUGACCCAGAAACAAAAAGUUAUUUGCAACUGCCAGUACAGUCUCCUGAGGGUGCUGAAAGACAAGUCCCACCAUUGGAUGUUAUGAACACACCACCACUUGUACUAUAUCAGGGUUUUGUUCCAGUGCCUGUCUCAUCCUUACCAUCACAGAAAUCUAUUGUUAGGACUGCAGGAUCUUUGAUUCCCCCUGAUGACCUGGAGGACUUUUAUCAGAAGCAUAGUAAAGGGGUACAUCCUUAUAUUGAGCCUGUUUAUACGUCACAAGAACACACACCCGAAGAGGAAACUGACAGUGUGAGAUGAAAUGUAUUUUAGACGAGAUGCAGUGUAUAUAUAGACUGUUUGGGCCAGUGGAUGGUUCAGAGACUAAAUUCAGGGAUUUGUGUUGUUUUUAGUUUAAAGAUUUCACGGUUUCCAUGAGAACUUGCUGUCUAGUUAAAUGUAUAAAUGUUGUUUUAGGAUUUAUGCUGUUUAUGGUACACAAGACAUGAGAUUUAAAAUGUUUUAUUCUUUUAAAAGUAAGGCAUCAACCUAGUUCUCUUACUAUUAAAGGCACUUGUCUAAUUUGGAAAAACCAGCCACGGGCAGUGCAUUUUAUGUCUAGCCCUUCAGUGUGAUUCAUGCCAUUAAGAAAUCACAGUUUCACAAUGAAUAAGAUGCCAUAUCAUAUAUUACGUGGCAGUCAACUAAUAAUACCAACUGACAUUUUAAAAACAUGUUCACACAUGAAAGCCAGAACUUGAAACAACACUUAAUGCUCAAGCAAGCCUAUUUUUUUUAAACUGUUUUGUGAAAUGAAUCUCUCUAACAGACAUUCAAGAAUCAUAAUUUUUCAUAUGAAUCUACCAAGGAGAUCUAUAAUACCUGGAAAAAUCUAUUUAAUAAUAUUUGUGAUUUAAAAGUUGCUUGCAAUAAAUUUAUUUUCGUCAGGAUACACGGUUAUGCUGCGUUCCAUUCAAGUUGGAUGUGGGAUAUUCCUACUUGAUAUCUCCAAUCAUAAAUGCAUUCCAUUCCCCGAUAUCCGGAACUGCAACGCUCCCGUUAGCUUAGCAGGUGUUUGACUCUUAUUGGAGAUGUCUCCUAGCAACCCAACUGAUAAACAAUUCUGCAGAGCAUUUGUGCUUCAGGUGUACGAUUAUCAAAAGGGACUCUAAUGUUUUAUACACCUGUUUCUGAAGGUGUUUGUUAAACAAGCUUUAAUGUCAUGUAAUGUGGAAACAAACACAUUUAUCGAUGUUACUUAACAAAGUGAAUGUUUAUCACUUACUUUGUAUAUCUCCCUGAGUGUCCACAUGUUUGUGUGACAUCAUGCCGCUGCAUCUCGGCGAAAUCGGAAUUGAGAAUUUUUGCACAAGCCUACAAGUUAUAAUUCUGAUUUAAAGAUGCAUUCCAUUGCACUUUUCCUAGUAGGAAGUUUUAAAAUCCGACUUUCCGAGUUGAAUGGAGCAUAGCACUACUUUUGAAAACUUGAUCCGACAAUGAAUGCUCAAGCAACAUAAUUUACACUAAACUCCUGAUGUUGCUAUAACAAUGUAAAAAGCACUUACCAGUUUACUUGAAGUAAAAAUCAGUCCUUCUUUCCUGUUUAAUUAAUUAAGCAAUCACACGGUCAUGCAGAAAAUCUUGUGUUCUUAAAUCCAUAAGGAUCUCUUUCUCAAUGGCUCACAGUGAUGACGAUCUUAAAGCGUGAUUGUGCACUCAAAGCCAGCUAGAAGGCCUCGACCGGAACAUAUCCUAAAGAUCAUACCCACCAAGAACAAUAAAUCAAUCUGAUUGGCUGAUGAAUCUGACAAUCUGACUUUAGUUGCUCAUUCACUUACACUGUUGAGGGAUUCUGUGGGAAUUCUGAAGGCUUGAGGGGGUGGAGCUCAAAAUCAAGCGCUGUGUCAGCUUCAGGCAUGCGAUUUGUGAAACAACUGUCACACUUUGCUUGUAAGCAUCAAGGAAUAAAUUCUGACUGGAUAAACUUUUCUAUAUUUGUUUGUAGAUUAAUUAAGUGUGGGAAGUGAUAAAAAAAAUACAUAGGCAAAAAGGUGAUUGAGAAUGAAAGAAUAACAAAUAUGUAUUUAUUUGGCAUUUUAGGCCAGCAGAGAAGGCUUUGCUGGCCCUGAGAAUUUGCCACUGGUAAAAACAAGAGGUUUAAGUUUCAUUUUGUGACGUACUGAAAAUACUUUGCUUUCUCAAAAAUGUUUGACAGUCAUCAUUUAACAGAUUAUUUUGAUACAGCUUGUAUUUGAGUUUUGGAUAUACUUGUUCACAGUAUUUUUCACAGGUGAGCAGAACAUUUUGUAAAAAUGUAUAUGAAUGUAACUGUUUCAAAUAUGUUUCAAAUAGUAUGUUUGGCAAAUGCUAUUUGCAUUCACUUUAGGGGUGCAGUUUGGAAUGAAUUAAUUAUUUGAUGGGAUUGUUGCUUCAGAUAAACAACCAUUCCAAUAAAAGCAUCAUA